CUUUUCCAUAGUUUUGUCAUAACUUGAUAUAGCAGUAUAGUUGGUAAGAGCUUACUUGAAUUACCUCGUUUUUUAUUAGUUAUUGUAUUUCAUGUGAAAAGAAAAAAAAAUUCUUUGAAUUCUGUUUGUUUUGGGGUAACUCCUUCAGUAAACUUGAAAGAUCAAGCUUCUUUGGUUGGGUUGCAAAAAGAUUCGAGAAUCGAUAUACAGAAUACGAGUAUUCUUCGAAUAUCUAUUCGAAGACUUUCUUAAAAAUUUUUUCGUAUCUAUUUACAUACAGGUACAGAAAUUAUUGGGAAUGCCUCCUACACCACGGUCCGGAAAUCAAAGAUACACGCCUUACAAUACAAGAGCAACUCGGUCACCUAGAGAAGCCGCUGCGAUUGCUGCGGCUUCUCGUCAACGUAGAGGCUCUAAUGAAAUUUCCUUUUCUGUUGAUGAGGCAUUAAAUGAAGGUCACGGUGAGCCUGCAGAAUCCAGUGGAGUCUCGGAAAGAGAAGUCAUCGACCAGCAUAUCGGCGACGGAGAGCAACAGGCUUUAGAAGUUCAAAGAGCUCCUCAAUCAGUUCGAAGCUUGGCAUAUAAUGAGAGUGUACAAUCACCUGAAGGAAGAAGAAAUGAGUUGUUAGCAGACCUAGAAGGUUUAGACGAUAUAGAAAGCAUUGAAGAUGUCUCUCUUCGUGAGUUAUCUCAUCAUCCCCGUCAUUUUGAUAAUUUCCCGUCACGUUUCGAUGAUGUUAUCGAUUUAACAACUGCUGAACAGAAACAAAGUCAACCAAAGCAAAGGAAAAGAAAACAGAGGCCUAACCAGGAAGUUACACCUCAGGCGGAUUCGCUGAACAACUCUCAAAGAUUGGCGGACUACAAGUGUGUGAUUUGUCUAGAUAAUCCCGAAAAUUUGUCUGCUACACCUUGUGGUCAUAUUUUCUGUAAUUUCUGUAUUUUGAGCGCAUUAGGAACUUCUUCUGCAACUCAAAAAUGUCCUGUCUGUCGAAGAAAAGUGCAUCCGAAGAACGUAAUUUGCUUAGAAAUGAUGUUGGGUAGCAAACAAAAUAACAACUAACGACUCAUGAAAAACAAAAAAAAUAAAUUAUCAUUAUCAUUAUAACUCAUGUCUAUUUCUCGUAAACGAAUAAUUAACCCUUCCAGUCAGAA